AUGUCAAUUAUUUAAUAGAUGAAGAAAAUAUUCCUUGUAUGGAUGUUAACUUAUUUAUUGAAAUGCUUAGUUUAAGAAAGGAAGAUCUAAAAAAUAAAUAAUUACAAGAAAUGUAAAACUUACCAAAAAUAAACAAUUUUAAUAAUAAAGCUAUUGAUAUUCCUUCAAAUAUAUAAGAAUGUAUAUAAAAAAAUUUUAAUGAAAAAAUUUAACACAAAGUUUAUAAAGUUAAUUUUGUUAAUUAACUUGAUUUACUCAUAAAACAUAAAAAAAAAGAGAUUUCAAAAAUUUAAAACUAAUUCAUUAAAACUAUUUAAAUUUAACAUGAUGAUGUUGUAUAAAAUAAAUUAAAUUCUAAUUAAUAUUUAAAUAAUGCUAAUCAAAAAAAUUAAGCUUUAUUUGAUUCAGAUUAAAAUAUUCAAGGUAAUUAUUAAGAAUAGGAUACUAAAUUAAAAAUAAGCUAGGUAAAUAAAUAAGAAGAGUGGUAUAUAUAAAAAGCUUUGA